AGUUGUGCUCAUCUCAGCUUCGCCGAAAAGAAUGCUAUUGGCCGGUCCGAUCCUUCGACGUCUUGCUGGUAUAAUACUGCCCCCAUUCCUACAUGGCUGGCGUCACACUGUAUCCAGAAGUGUUUUCCAAAGUCUGGAUGAGCUAAUACCGGCGCACAGGCAGUCCGUGAGCGGCGCACUUACAACGGAGAAAUUUUGGAUGAAUCUGCGAUACCAGCCUGCGGUUCCUAAGAAGCUGCGUAGUUGUCGCGUAUUUUUGGGCACCUCUAUCUUCAUAAUCGCCUCAACUUUCUUCGGAUCCGUCCGCAAGGCCCCAUCACCGAUUAUGAAUCCCAAAUGUCCAACAUGCAGUGUUCUUCGAAAGUCUUGGAUAUCAUCAGCAAGUCAUCCAAGUAUACAAAGACGCGGCUGCGAAGACGCUGUGGGAUUACCUUGUCCGUUACCCUGCACAACCUUUGAGCCGAAUUACAUAGUCCGAAUGGCAUCCGUCGAAACUGAUAAAGUGGCCUUCCAGAACGCAUGUUUCAAAUCGACACUGCUGAUGAAAAUCGUCUCAUCCACCCGGCUUAAAAUCGACUCAAUGUUCUGUAGCGGAUUUGUUCGUCUCGCAAACUGGUAUAAAUAUGAGAUGUAGAGUACUGGAGUAAUUCAGAAAGCAGAAGUCAAAUUCAGAGCAAAAAGUCACUCGCACUAUUUGAAGAAUCCUUCAUCAUCAGCAUUAUCAUCAGCAGCAGCAGCAGAAGCAUGUCUGACUUUGGAGAACAGUUUAACGAGCUUGGGGCCGUCUCUCUACCCCCAAUUAAAAGUGUUAAGGCUCUCCCGUUUAACACACCGAUUGUGAUACAGAGCGCUGAAGUGAAGCGGACACGCUACGGCGAUAAAAUUAUGCUUACAUUUGAAGAUUUUGUGGUGUUCUUACCAGAACGCUUUAGUACGCUGUCAGCGAACGCUGUGGAGCACAUGGCGACGGGGGGCUACAAGCUAGUCAAACUUAGAUCGGAUGGGGAUAAUUAUAUUUUAAAUUUU